AUGGACGUGACCAGGACAUGGACAUGGAGGUGCUACUCCCAGGGGCUGAGGCUGGUGCUGAGGGAAUCCGGGAAGACAAAGUGCAGGAGCCCGGUGUGCGGAGCGGGAACGCGCUGCCGGUGGCUCCGCAGAGCCGGGGACCCCUCGGGGACCCCCCAAGUCCCACCGGAACCCUCUGGGGUCCGGGAGCUACAGCAAAGUGUCACCUGCAGGACACUGGAGUUCCGAGCUCCUCAGCUGCUGGAUGUCGUUAUCCCGCAACAGGUAAAUCUGCUCUCUAGCCCCGACAGCUCCGGUUCUUCUCUGCCGGAGCAGAACCGGGAGCGACGGCAGCGCCCGGGCGGCAGCAGCGCCGGCCGCGGGGAUGCUCGGGCAGCUUCGUGGGGGGCCAGGAAAGGGAUGGGGGGGCUUGCGCAAGAGGGGUCUUUCCCGAAGGCUUUGAGCUGUACAGAUGCUGCCCGGGUUUCUGAUCUCGGUGCUCGGGAGCCCUCGGUGCGAUGCUGCCCUGCCCUGCCCUGCACCUGCCGAGCCCAGGGCAUCCAGCCCAGCAGCGGCGUUGGCUGCUCCUGCCUCUGCCAGAGGACGAGCUCAGGGCUCUCUGCACUCUCUUUGCUGCAGUGGGUGUUUGCCCCUCUCCUCUUUCUCCUGGCUGAGCUCAGCGCCGGCACCAGCUCCCAACCCACCUACCAAUGGAAAGAUGCUGUGACAAAGGAGACGCUGACCUGCCAGCAGUGCCCGCCGGGGACCUUCGUGGCCCAGCACUGCAGCAGGGACAGGCAGACCGUGUGUGGGCCCUGCCCGGAGCUGCACUACACCCACUACUGGAACUACCUGGAGAAGUGCCGCUACUGCAACGUGAUCUGCGAGGAGCAGCAGGUGGAGGUGCAGCACUGCAACUCCACGCACAACCGCGUCUGCCAGUGCCGGGAGGGCUACUACUCCGAGAUGGAGUUCUGCAUCAGGCAUUCCGAGUGCCCGCCGGGCUCUGGCGUGGAGAAACUGGGUACCCCCUUCGAGGACACCCUGUGCCGUGCCUGCCCCCGGGGCUUCUUCUCCUCCACCAGCUCCAGCACCAGGCAGUGCCAGCCCCACCAGGACUGUGAGCAGCAGGGGAAGGUGACCAACGUGCCAGGCAACCAGUACCACGACACCCUCUGCACCUCCUGCAAAGUGGGGAGAAGCAACAGCACUCAGGGAGCAGCAGCAGAAGAUGACGACUGUGAGCAGGCCAUGAUAGACUUUGUGGCUUAUCAGAACAUCCCCCUCAGGAAGCUGAAGCGCCUGCAGCAGAUCCUGGAGCGCUCCUCGAGGAAGCAGGCGCCGGGGACCAGGGCAGCCAUCCAGGAGAAGUUCAGGGCUUUCCUCACCCACCUCAAAGAGGGGCACAACGAGGUCACCAAGGAGCUGCUGGAGGCUCUGAGGGCUGCCAAGCUGCACUCCAUCGAGGAGAAGGUCCGGGAGCGCUUCCUCCUGCGCUGA